UCCUCCUCCUCCUUUAUCCCCUCCCUCUGUGUCUCAGUUCUGCAGUAAACGAGGCUGAGGCACAUUCCUGCUUUGCAAGGCUUUCUGCUAAGGAUGUUCUGUGGCUUUUGUUUGGAUUGCAGCAUGCAGAAUUACAGCUGUUCAGAGGAGACUCAUUACAACUCCUGCUGAAGUCCUAGCCUUCCUCCCUUCUCUUCUGCCCCUGCCCCCCACCCUCACUGGCUGAAGACCUUGUACCUUGAAGGGAGUUUGCCUUACUCCCCUGGUGCUAUGUGUAUGGUAAACCUGGUACUAUGGCCGCAUCUGGGACUGGCCAGACAACUGCUGCUGGUGCUCCCUAUUCCAAGAAGGAUUUAAAGGGGAAUUACACUGCAGGCAAUGCACCAGAGUGGCAGCAUCGCGAGCUUGGGGACUAAGGCUCCUCGGGCAUUAAUUGCAGACACACAGAGCUGACCGCAAUGACAGCAGCUGCUCCUUUGAACUGUUGGCAGCAGCCAAGCGGCAGCAUGAAGUGAAAGAUCACUCCUGAGCUCAAGAUGAACUCUACCUUGGAUGGUAAUCAGAGCAGCCACUCUUUUUGCCUCUUGGCAUUUGGCUACUUGGAAACUGUCAAUUUUUGCCUUUUGGAAGUAUUGAUUAUUGUCUUUCUAACUGUGUUGAUUAUUUCUGGCAACAUCAUUGUGAUUUUUGUAUUUCACUGUGCACCUUUGUUGAACCACCAUACUACAAGUUACUUUAUCCAGACUAUGGCAUAUGCUGACCUCUUGGUUGGCGUAAGCUGCCUGGUCCCUUCUUUAUCACUCCUCCACUACUCGCUUCCAGUAGAGGAGUCCUUGACUUGCCAAGUAUUUGGUUUUGUAGUAUCAGUUCUGAAGAGUGUCUCCAUGGCCUCUCUGGCCUGUAUCAGCAUUGAUAGAUAUAUUGCUAUCACUAAACCUUUAACCUAUAAUACCCUGGUUACACCCUGGAGACUACGUCUGUGUAUUUUCCUGAUUUGGCUAUAUUCCACCCUGGUCUUCCUGCCUUCCUUUUUCCACUGGGGCAAACCUGGAUAUCAUGGAGAUGUGUUUCAGUGGUGUGCGGAGUCCUGGCACACCGACCCCUACUUCACCCUGUUCAUCGUGAUGAUGUUGUAUGCCCCAGCAGCCCUUAUUGUGUGCUUCACCUAUUUCAACAUCUUCCGCAUCUGCCAACAGCACACAAAGGAAAUCAACGAAAGGCAAGCCCGCUUCAGCAGCCAAAGUGGGGAGACUGGGGAGGUGCAGGCUUGUUCUGAUAAGCGUUAUGCCAUGGUCCUGUUCCGAAUUACUAGUGUAUUUUACAUCCUCUGGUUACCAUACAUCAUCUACUUCUUAUUGGAGAGCUCUACUGGCCACAGCAACCGCUUUGCAUCCUUCUUGACCACCUGGCUUGCUAUUAGUAAUAGUUUCUGCAACUGUGUCAUUUAUAGUCUUUCCAACAGUGUUUUCCAAAGAGGACUAAAGCGCCUAUCAGGGGCCAUGUGUACUUCUUGUGCAAGUCAGAUGGUAGCUAAGGACCCUUACACAGUUCGGAGCAAAGGCCCUCUUAAUGGAUUUCAUGUCUGAAGUGGUUCAAAUAUUGAGUCACUCUGUGUUUUGUGUGUGUGUGUUUCCUUUUUAUCUUUUUGUAUUUCUAGUUCUCUGGGAAAUGUGGGACAAAAUAAUUUGAUUCUAAGCAAUAGCUAACAAGUGAUCCAUCCAAAAUACCUUGUUAAGUUUGCAGAAAUGAUUUUUUUAAAUGCUUUUGAAUGAGAAGAAUCAGGACUGUGAGGAUAAAUUGCUGUUCAUAAUGUCAUGGAAGUGACUGUAUUUUCAGAUUUAAAAAUGAAUAAAGCCAUAUCUAACACCUCUCUA